AUGAGAGCAGCAACCAUCUUAGCCGUACUUUUCGUCCUGGCAGUCUGCGGGCCAAGGAGCAGCGAAGCGGUGACCUGCACCGCUGAUGCCACAGUCACAGGGUGCAUCGACUGCACCACUAAUCCCACCGAUGCGGAAUGCGUGGCCGAGGCAGCCGCUGGGGAAACAACCACUGUGGCGGCCACCACGGUGUCCUCUGCCUCAUCCUCCAGCUCUUCGACCGGAAAGCGAAAGAUCGUGCGUAUAACGAAUAUGCGGUACUCGAACACCAGGCGCAUUCGUAUCAGACGAAACCGCUCGAGCACCAGCACCAUCCGCACCACCCUUCGAAACCGAAGGCGCAGAAAUAGAUCCAGGCGUGUGAAUGUGAGAAGGGUCAACGGAAACAUUGUUAUUGUCGGUUAA